AUGAAGACUGUAAGGCUCCUGCUGCUCUCAUUACUGGGCGCUGGAUUGCUAACAACCUCAUUAAUAGAAGCUGCUGUAGCCGGCGUUGAUUUGGGUGGCGAGUUCUUCAAAAUUGCACUCGUAAAACCCGGCACACCCUUUGAAAUCGUCACAAAUGUGCACAGCAAGCGCAAGACCGAGACAAUGGUCGCUUUUGAUGGUGAUGAGCGUCUAUACGGUGCCGAUGCAGCCACUGUGGGUGUACGUAGACCACAGACGGCAUACUCACAGAUCCGUCGACUAUUAGGCACGACACUGAGUGAUCCGCAAGUGUCAGCGCUACUGGACGAAGAACAUUUCCCAUACGAGCUGAUACAGAACGCAACACGUGGCGGUACGAUCUCCCUUAAGCACGGAAAAGAGCAGAUAUUUCAUGCCGAGGAGCUGGUAGCAAUGGUCUUUGCUCAUGCCCGACAGAUUACCGACACGUUUGCAGAAGCUCCUGUUAAGGACUGGGUGCUUACAGUACCGACAUUCUUCUCUCAAGCGCAGCGUCAAGCGUUGCUGGAUGCAGCGGAGAUCUCUGGAGUACGAGUGCUGUCACUUAUUAAUGAGAAUACGGCAGCGGCGUUGCAAUUGGCAGUGCAUGGAAGUUACGAUCCGGAAGAGAAACCAAAGAAGAUUCUGUUUUAUAACUUGGGAUCGACGUCAUUACAGGUGAGUAUUGCCGAAUUUUCCAGUCAGGUGGUGCCGGAUGGAUUUAAGAAGAACAAGACCAUCUCGACGUUCAAGACCAUUAGCAAUGCUUGGGAUGAGUCGCUGGGUGGAGCUAAGUUUGACUUACGUUUGGCGGAGUAUUUGGCCAAUGAGUUUAGCGAGAAGAUCAGAGAGGAUAUCCGCAAGGUCCCUCGCCCAAUGGCAAAGAUCCGUGCACAGGCAAAGAAGACUAAGACGGUGCUGUCGGCUAAUGAGGAGAUUCCCGUGGUCAUGCAGAGUUUGUACAACGACAUUGACUUUUUCACUACCAUGACUCGUUCCAAAUUAGAGGAGCUUUCGUCUGACUUGUUUAAACGCACGCUUAAGCCUGUAGAGAUGGCUAUGAAGAAGGCCGGACUGACUGUCGCAGACAUUGACGAGAUCGAGCUUAUCGGUGGCGGCGUGCGUAUGCCCAAGAUCCAGCAACAGCUUUCCGAGUUCUUUGUGGGCAAGGACCUCGGUGUACACUUGAAUGGCGACGAGGCCAUGGCUCUGGGUGCUGCUUUUCGCGCUGCCAACCUGAGCAACUCCUUCCGUGUGCGCCAGGUAGGAAUGGUGGACAUUGCGUCGUACCCGAUCGGUGUGCGCCUGACGGACUUGUCUGCUACUGAAGCAACGAACAAUGACGAUGAGGCGGAAUCGAAGCAGUGGAUGAAGCGAGCAUCCAUCUUUUCGGAGUCGCACCGCCUGGGUCUGCGCAAGUCUGUGUCAUUCUUGCAUUCGAACGACAUCUCUUGCACGUUCCGUUAUGAUAAGCCGUCGAUGCUGCCCGCCGGUGUAAGCGUGCAGAUUGGCAAGUUCAACAUCACGGGCGUUGAGAAGUUUGCCGCACGCAUGGCCGACAAGAACCUUGGUGAACCGAAAGUCACACUCUCUUUCGAGCUGGACAAUAACGGUAUUGCUAGGAUUGCUAAGGGUGAGGCCACGCUGGAAGAAGAGGUUGAGGUUGAGGUGGUUGUGAAGAAGGAAAAGAAGAGCAAGAAUUCUGAGAAGGAGGAUGAAAGUGCUGACAGCAGCAACGAUAGUAAGACGGAUGAGACUGAAGAGGAAGAAAAACCGGAAAUUCGAAUGGAAAAGCAGAUUAAAACGCAUCGCGAGAAACUGAUUGUGGUGCGUGCGUACGAGACGCGCAAGCCAGAAGAAGGGUUGAGUGUGCUUCCUAUGAGUGGGACUGUGAAGAAGGAAUCGAUGCGCAUGCUGACUGAGAUGGAGAAUGCGGACAACAAGCGUCAGGCUAAUUUGGAGGCGAAGAACAGUCUUGAGACUUUUAUCUAUAAGGCCCACGAUGCGCUGUCUGCACAGGAGAGCGACAUUAAGGAGGUAACGGUGCCCAAGCAGGUAGAGUCACUGCAGCGAAAGCUAGAGGAGACAGAGGAAUGGUUAUACGACGACGGCGACAAGGUGGAUGCUGCUGCGUACAAGAAGAAGAUGAACAUGUUGGACUCGGACCUCAGUGCAAUUCUCUUCCGCGUAGCUGAACUGAAGGAGCUGCCUAUUGCCAUCAAAGCCGCCCGGGAGUACGCUUUCAGCACACGCGAUCUCAUGAACGAGUGGAGCACCAGCAAGCCGCAGGUGACGGACGUGGAGCGCAGUGACGUGGCUGAAAAACUCGACGAGCUUGAUGCGUGGCUAACUGAGUCAGAGGCCAAACAGAAGGCCACCGAUAAGCAUGAGGAGCCCGUGGUGACGUCGGCAGACGUGGUUAAAAAGGUCCAGGGCGUUAAAAGGUUUGUCGCUACAUUGGCAAAGCGGCCUAAGCCGCAGCCGGUGAAGGCAGACAUUGACGAAGAUGGACCUAAGGUCGAGAAAGAGACUUUGGCCAAGGACGGUGGAAGUGAGAAGGCCGAGGAGAAGGAGACGAUGCCUACUGAUGUAAGUGAAAAGGUCGAAGAGGAGGAGACGGGGCCUGCUGAUGAAAAGGAUGAACUGUAG